AUGGUGGUCUUUCACCUGGAUGACCUGGAGGUGUUCUUCCCCUAUGAUUACAUAUACCCUGAGCAGUAUGCAUACAUGCGUUACUUGAAGAAGACGCUGGACAGCGAGGGUCACUGCGUGUUGGAGAUGCCCACGGGUACGGGUAAGACGGUGGCGAUUUUUUCCCUCAUAACGUCCUAUCAGUAUAAGAAGAAUGACGAGGGGAAAUUUAUUUUUUGCACGCGUACGGUGGCCGAGAUGGAGAAGUCGCUGAUCGAGCUGAAGAAGGUCAUUCAGUACAGAGUGGACACGGUGCGCCGGCGCGCCGACUCCAGUGGGGCGGCGUGCGCAGCGACUAACAGCAACGCUGAUGGGAGCAGCGGUUGUGGCGGCGGUGGCGGCGGCUUCGCCAACUUGGACGUGCCCCCGGGGGAUAUUGUCGCCCUCGGGAUCAGCGCUCGGAGGUGCAUGUGCGUGAACGAGCGGGUGCUUAGGAAGCACGAGCGGGAGAGGAUAGACGAAGAGUGUCGCAAGCUGACGGCGACUUUUGUCCGGGAGAAAAAUUACAUAAACCAGAAGAUAAAUAAAAUGGGUAGCACACACACCGAUAAGGAUCGAAUCUCAGAUUUCAUUUUAAAGAACAGGCAGCACAUAGAUGUAGAAGAUUAUUUUGAUGUUUAUAACACUACGAAUUCGCUGGAGGAGUAUGGUGAGCUAGGGUUGUGUGGUUACUACGAGAAUUAUAAAAAGGAAUUUGUAUUAGACUUGGUUCAACCCGGUGUGUACACCAUAGAGGAUUUGAAGGUAAUGUGUAAGGGUUAUAAGAAUGUACAGAAUGUAAAUGUGCCCAUUUGUCCUUAUUUUUGUGCAAAGAAAAUUAUCGAGGUGGCCAAAGUGGUAGUAUUAAAUUACCAGUACGUAAUUGACCCUAAGGUUUCCAAGUCCGUUUUCAUCGGGCGGGAUGUGAACAGUCGGGUCCAUUUGUACAAGAAUGACAUCAUUGUGUUUGAUGAGGCACACAAUAUAGACAGCGUUUGCCUGGAGGCCCUGAGCGUGAACAUUGACCGGAACAUCCUCAACAGAGCGACUUCAAAUAUUAAGAAGCUUUUGAGCAAGAUUGAGACUUCCAAAAUUGUAAAUGAGGAGAAGGUGCGGGAGGACUGCAACCGCAUUUUGCAGAAGUUGCGGGAGGAACGCGGGAUGGAUCUUAAAGCGGGUGCCGGCAGCGAAGUCAAAGCGGGCGCCGCUAGCCAAGUCAAAGCGGGUGCCGCUAGCAACGUGAAGAAGAGGAAGAUUGAAGAGGGGAAAAACGGGGCGAGCGGGGAAGGGGGAGAGGUGUACUUCGAUGAAGACCUAAAUUUGAUUUUUGCUGGGGGGGCCAAUCGCAGUGGAGUGGAGGACGGCGCGUGUCGCGGGGAUGUGAAUGGGGGAGAGAAGCAGGAGAAAGGGGAAAGUCUAAUGGACGGGUUGGCAAAGUUACUGGGUCAGUCGAUUGGGCAGCUACUUCCAUCACGACAGGAACGUGAGCAAACAGAAGUUGGUGGUUUAUUUCCCGAGGGGAACAAGGGCGCCCUCAACAGUGAUGCAAAUGAUAACGCAAAUGAUGGUGACAAUGACGGGGGAGACGACCCCACCGAUCUGCAUUACAGCCCCCUGCUACUGGAAGACAUAAUAAAAAACAUCGUGCUGCCGGGAAACAUUCGCAAGUCGGAGCACUUUUUAAACUUAAUGAGAAUCGUUGUGAUGUAUUUGAAAAAGUAUGUGAACAUAUACGAGAUAACCUCUGAAGGUCCACUGUCCUUUUUAUAUAAAUUUGAAAAGGAGACAAAAUUGGAUACUUGUUUUUUUAAAUUUUGUUUUGACCGUUUGAAGUCCAUUUUAAAUGCACUUCAGGUAGUGCAUGUAGAUGAUUACUCAGCAUUAAAUAUUGUGUGUAACUUUUGUACCUUGUUAGGGAGUUACUUUCAGGGUUUCAUUAUUAUAUGUGAACCUUAUCCUGAGGCCACAGGUAUAUAUGACCCCGUGAUUCAGUUCGCUUGUUUAGAUUCAUCCAUCGCAAUGAAGUCAGUGAUUAAAAAAUAUAAAUCUGUUAUUUUAACAAGUGGUACAAUUACCCCAUUAGAGUUAUAUCCUAAGUUAUUAAAUUUUAAGACUGUGUUAACAGCAUCUUUUCCCAUGUCAUUCGACAGAAACUGUGUGUGUCCUCUGAUCGUCACGAAGAGUUCAGAUCUCGUUCCUCUGUCAUCUCAGUUUUCUUUACGAAGUGAUAUAACUGUUAUUAAGAAUUAUGGCAUGCUGCUUGUGGAGAUGUGCAAAACUAUCCCCGAUGGUAUAGUUGCUUAUUUUCCUUCAUACAUUUACAUGGAGGAGGUUAUUUCUUCAUGGUAUGAACUAGGCAUUAUAGCAAAUAUCCUCGAGUAUAAAUUAAUAUUUAUUGAAACCAAGGAUAUAGUUUCUACUACAAUUGCUCUGCACAAUUUUAAGAGGGCAUGUGAUUUGGGCAAAGGAGCUGUUUUUUUAUCCAUUUGUCGUGGGAAAAUUGCUGAAGGGAUUGAUUUCGAUAAACAUUAUGGAAAAUGUGUGAUUCUUUUUGGUAUCCCCUACCAGUAUACUCUUUCCAGGAUACUCAAAUCGAGGUUAGACUUCUUAAAAGAGACAUACAACAUUCAAGAAAAUGAAUUUUUAACGUUUGACGCGAUGCGCCAGGCUUCCCAGUGUGUUGGUCGCAUUAUACGAAAUAAGAAGGACUAUGGUAUAAUGAUUUUUGCGGAUAUUCGUUAUGCACGUAACGAUAAGAAGAGCAAGCUUCCUCCAUGGAUUAUAAAAUGCAUGGACAUUUCUAAUGUGAAUUUAACUGUUAGCACGGCUGUGAAUAUAUCUCGCAAGUUCCUUUUGAACAUGUCUCAGGAGUAUAAGGAGACUGGCCAGACGAAGCUCUCGCAGGAGCUCAUUUGCAAUCAGGCCAAGUGUUGGGCGCUCGUCAAAUCGGUGCUCAACAUGGACCACUUUAUAUGA